UGAAAUCGGUACAAAUAAUAUACUUAGUCAAGCUUUAGGGACUCCUGAAUCCUAUGGACGUGUAUGAGCUAGAGGACAUAAUGUUGGAUUUAAAGAUUGUUUUCCAAAGUCAAAAGGUGGUGUAAGAUCACUUCAUGAGAGACAAAUUAUUUAUGAAAAUGAGACACGGAGAAAAUAUGAAACAGAAAUUGAAAGUUUGAAGAAGCGCACAAAUGACAUUGAAAACAAUUUUAAGGCAGUGAUGAAGGCUCUUGAAGAGAAGUCACAUGGUCAUCAAGGUUUCUCCACUGAUAUUGAAGCUCAUUUUUCUCCAAACAUAGUACAAGAAAGGGAAGAUGAAGACAUAGCCAAUGAUCACGUACAAGAAGAAAAUGUGGAACACAGUGUAGAAGAUAAAAAUGAUUAUCCCAAUUUUCUACAGGAUGAAAGUAAUUAUCCCAAUUUGGUACAAGAUGCAUCAUUCAUUGAUGUUAUUGUGACACCAAAUGAAGGUACAUGUAGUCGGUUAGAUUUGGAAAAUCUCAUUGAUAAACAGGCAACAAGAUGUGUUCUUUUGGAUUCCAUACAUCGUAAGGUUGCCAAAGGUAUUAUUAGACAAGCUGCUGAAGUUCAUAAUAAACCGUUAGAAGAAAAUGAUUAUCGAAUAGAAGUUAAUGAACUCUUGAUUCCUGAUGCUUUAAUACCUAAUGCAAUUGAUCCUGAUGAGAUUUACUUAGUUAAACAUGUCUUUAAAUCUUAUGUGGCAUGGCCAAAACAUCUUGUUCUUUUAGAGGGUGAGAAAAUUAAAAAAUAUACACCAAAGAGAAAAAGAACCAAUACAAAACAACCCCAGCCAAUUCUACCCAAAACACAAUCACAGCCACAACAAGAGACUAGUUUAGCUUCUUCAAGCUCUAGUGCAAGGCCACCGCAAAAUUCACAAAAAGUAACAUUCAUAGAUGAUGUUCCCUCAAAUCUGAAAGCUAUGUGGAAUGAUAUUAUGAAAAAAUCUGAAUCAUUUAUGAUUAGUGUGCCUGUGAACGAACACAUAUUUGGUAUUAAAGAGCAUAGCAUAGCAGUGAUUAAAGAAGAUGUUCAGUUUAUGGUAUAUUUUGAAAAAAUCACAGCUGCUUGCAUAUCACUAUAUAUGAGGUUUUUGUAUACAAUACUUGUAGAGAAUGAAAGAAUGCAUUUAUUUACAUUUUUUGAGCCUCAACUUUUAGCUGCAAUACUAGGGAGAACACCUGAUGAUAGAGCUAGAGAUCUUGCAAAAAGACUUGGAGAAAUUAUACCAGGACAACUACUCAUGACAGCCUUUAAUGAUGGGUAAGGAAAUAUAUUCUAAACUUAUAUAUAUAUAUAUAUCAAUUAAUGUAACUAUAUAAUUUUAUUUUAUUUUUUUAUAAACUAAAUGUUUUAUACUUGGGAGACAUUGGAUGUUCUUGUUGAUUGACGUAUCUAAAGAGAUAGUAUACUUUUUUGAUCCCCUUGGAGGCUACAUUCCUCAAGAUUGUAAGAAUGUUGUAGGAAUUGCAUUUCAGUUGCAUAACUUAGCAAAGGGCAAAAGAAUGAAACAAGAUUCAUUACAAUGGUAUAAUGUCAAGUGUCCUCAACAACAAGAUUCAAAACAUGUGGCUUUUACGUUUGCGCCAUGAUGAGAGAUCUUGUGUUUGAACCUCAACAAAGUAGUUAUAUAAAAUCAAAGUGUAAUAAUCAGGAUUUUUACUCAAAGGAUCAACUAAAUGUGGUUUGACGUGAGUGGGCAACACAUUUGAAUAAUUUUAAAAUUUAGAGAGUUAAAGUUUAAAAUUUAUAUAUGCAUAUUUUGAACUAUAUUUUUAUAAUUAAUUUUCUUUAAAUAGAUUUGUAAUUGUUAUUUGUACUAAUAACUCUUGAAUUUGUAAACUUUAAAUUAGUGUAGGUUACGUUUUUUUUUU